CAAAAAAAAAAAAAAAGUGUGUUUAUAUUAUAUAUUUGAGAGUCCACUUUCAAAUUUUCUUCUUCUUCUUCUUGUCUACUUUCUCCAAUAUUAUAUAUAGAAAGAGCAACAAAAAGAAAAGGAGUUUUAAUUUAUAGUGUUUGUGGUUCCACCAUGAAUGAGAAAUCAAGAGUUUCAAAGGAGCUUAAUGCUAAACAUAUAAAGAUACUUGAGGGACUACUCAAAUUGCCAGAGAAUCGAGAAUGUGCCGACUGCAAAACCAGAGGUCCAAGAUGGGCUAGCGUGAACUUGGGAAUCUUCAUAUGCUUGCAUUGUUCGGGUGUUCACAGGAGUCUUGGCGUACAUAUAUCAAAGGUAAGAUCUGCCACAUUGGACACAUGGCUUCCGGAUCAAGUUGCGUUUAUUCAAACAAUGGGAAAUCAGAAAUCAAAUAGCUAUUGGGAAGCCGAGCUUCCUGCCAAAUCCGACAGAGUUGGUAUUGAAAAUUUUAUCCGAGCAAAAUAUGUGGAGAAAAAAUGGAUACCACGAAACGGGAGCGUGAAAUCAUCUCCAGGUGCGAGAGGAGAACGUAGUUCAGCCAGUAUACCUCGGAUUAACAAGGAUGUAGAGUUUAUCAAGCGGAGCAUGCCAUUAUCUCAAGAGAAGAAAUCUUUUCAGUUCCCAGAUGCAGAUAAAUUAACACUUGCUUUGAGGAACAAAGUCAACAAAGUCCAUCAUGCACCUUCUGAAUUACCUAAGCAGGCUGCCCCUGAUCCCAAGCCAGAAGUUGUUCAGAAUGCAAAACCGGUAGCCUCUGUGGAAGACGCAAAGCGAAAAGCUAAUGUUUCUCCUGAUUCCCAGCAGGACAUUCUUCAAAAAAUCGAACCCUCAAUACCUCAAGUCGCAAAAGCAAAGCCAGAAGCAAAUUUCUCCUCAACUGUAUCAACCGCUAACAUCAACCAUGCUGCUAACGUUUCUAAAAUUUAUGUGGAGGCCACGAAAGAAAAUGGAUCUGUGUCCAAGACGCAUUCCCAGCCAGCUGAACCUAAAGCAGUAAUCCAGCAAAAUGCCAGUCCUGCUGCCACUAUAGAGAACAAGAGCAAAUUUGAUGCUGGAAUUGAGGAACUGAUAAAAGAUUUUCAAUGGAAUACGCAGCCGGUCCCAGAAAGCCCCUUGAACAAUGUGAAGAAUGAGCAGCAACAAAAGUCGCCAGCUCCACAGCAGCCACUUUUCGUCCCUGCUACCGUGAAGCAUUUUGGCAGUUCACAAACAGCCUAUCAAUAUUCAAACGGUAACCAGUUAUUUUCUCAGAACUGGGGAGGCAUUGGCAAUCAGGUCCAUGGGGCUAAGCAGAUGGGAAGCACUCAAUAUUUACACGCGUCUAUGCCAGCGGCCUAUGCUCUGAAUCCCAGCAUGCUUUCUGCAAUGCCAGUAGCUCCAAUGAAUGGAAUAACACCAACAGGAGCUAUUAGGCCUCUGUCAAGUUUUCCAGCAGUUCCAGUUGUUCCAAUGCAAUCAGGAUACCAAUAUGAUUUCUCAUCGUUAACGCAUGAAAUGUUCUCAAGACGAUAAAUAUUACUACAGAUAUUAAUUGUGAUUUUUUUUUUCUCCAUUUAUUUAGAAUCUGCAAAUAUUGUAAAUGUAAAAAGCAGUUCCACAGAGACUUCUCCCUUUUUUUCUUGGAGGUGUUAAAAGCAUAACAGGGAACUAUACUAAGUACAAUGAAUUCUUGUUUGGCCCAUGUUAUAGAAAGCUGUUCUUUUAUUA